AUAAAAUCAACAACGACCGAAUCCUAGGUCUAAUUUCAUUAGUUAACAUUUUCAAUUUCUUUGACUAUCCAAUCUCUUCUCUUCCUCUCACUAGAAUUUUUUUGAUCUUCAAACGACCUACUGAAAAUCAAACAGGGGAAUUGGUAUAUACGUAAUCGAAUCUUUUGUUACAAUUCUGUGAAUCUGACUGUAUUCCGGAUCGAUCGGUGUGAUACGACGAAGAUGAUAAAGGAGCCCUAGUUGAAUCUAAUAGCCUUUGCUUUUUGAUUAGGGCUGAUUUUAGGGUCUCUGAAAGAUCUGGAUUUGCUAUUGUUGGUGAUUAUAUUCGAUCUUGUCGUAAAGAAUAGAGCUGAGGUCUAUUCGCAACUCAGAAGCCAAAAGAAAAGAAAAGAAGAAUUUUGGUUGUAUUUAAUAAAUUAAAGAAUUAAAGAGAAGGGACCGGAGAACAAAGGAAGAGUAAGAAGAAAACCCUAGGAUUUGGGGGAAGAGAAAAGAUGGAAGAAUGUGCGACCGUGCAGAUAAUUCACGAUGUCGAAGAAGGGGAGAUCUCUGAUUCGGCUUCCUCUGUCGAGGAAAUCAGUGAGGAAGCGUUUAAGUCGCCAACCUCGCAGCCACCACCUCCUGCUUCAUCCGGCGCCGCCACGGCUGCUAAUCCGUCAGUUUCUCUAUUAAAUUCUAACUCUGUCAACGAGUUUAAUAGCAAUGCUAACCUUAACAAUAAGCAGCAGCCGCAGCAGAGGGUGUGGACGAUGAGAGAUUUGUAUAGUAGUUAUCCCAUGUCUAGAAAUUAUUCUUCCGGUUUGUACAACUUGGCUUGGGCUUCCGCAGUGCAGAAUAAGACUCUGGAUGAGGUUUUGGUUGUGGAGUAUCAGAAAGCCGAAAAUAAUGUUGGCAAUUUUAAUUUGAAGCGCGGAGGCGCCGCCGCUGAAUUUUCAGUUACAGCUCCGGCUGCAGAAGGGGAGAAUCCGGAAGACAAUGGUGUAGGGACUGUAGUUUCUGGCGCAGGAAAGGAUGAGGAGGAGGAGAAAGAGGAGGGGGAGUUGGAAGAAGGUGAAAUUGAUUUUGAUUCCGAUAUGGUGAUUGAAGUCAAUGUGGAUUUGAGCAAGGCUGAGGAGAAGGAAAAGGAAGAUCAAAACGAAUCUGUCCUGGGUCAAGAUCAAACUUUUGAUCUAAUCAGGAAAAAACUGCAGACUGUGACUACAGAGGAGGCUGAGAAAUCAUUGGACGAAGUUUCAUCUAGGAUUGAUAAUGUGUUGGACAGUAUUGAGGAAAUGACGGAGAAGGAUUUAUUGACUGCUAAAGAUGUCAUUGCUCCACUUGCAUUUCACGCUAUCAAGACCGUGAAUACCGUUUUCUACUCCAUGAACUACAUUCUGGAAGAAAGCAACAAAGAGACAAUGUUAAGGUUGCUACUUAUUCAUUUUUCUUACUUCUUCUUGUCUUGCAAAUGGAACUAGAUGGUUACUUAUAUAGACUAUUAUUGCUAAUGUGACAGGUUAUUAGCUCAUGCGUCUAACCUCAAGUGUCCUUUGUUCUCUUUGGAGCAGCUGAAAGAGGUUGAUUAUUUAUUAUAUGACAUUUUUAUAAUUACUGUAUCUUAGUUCGGCAACUUGUAAUCUCAUUGCUGGCAAUUGCAGAUAGAAGAUAUGGUUUCUACUCUUGAUUCUUCAUUCAUGUCUUUGGGUAUGAAAGAUGCUAGUCUGGACAAAAAUAUUAUAGAAGCAGAGGGAAUAUCAAAUAGUGAUGCUGCUUUGCUGUCCGGAGUUCCGAAAGACAUUUUUGAGUCCGUCAAAGUUCCUGCUGAAGCAUCUGAUAAAUCCGAGCUGCGAACAUUUCAAGAGAACACAAAAUCAAUUAAUUCUAAGUGGAAGGGAUUUUCCCUUCCUCUACUAGAUCUUCACAAGGAUCACGAUAUUGACAGUCUCCCGUCACCAACACGGGGAGGUGGACCAUCUUCUUUCCCCAGUGAUAAAGGGAUUGCAGUGGGUAAUGGGUUAUUGAAACCAGAGUGGCCUGUUCCUAGGGUAGUUCUUGAUAGGGAGACUGUUCCUUUACAUCCAUACGAAACUGAUGCUGUUAAGGCUGUUUCUUCUUACCAACAGAAAUUCGGAAGAAGUUCCUUUUUUAUGAAUGAUAGGCUCCCAAGCCCAACCCCUUCGGAAGAAGGUGAUACUGGGGAGGGUGAUGUUGGUGAGGAGGUCUCCAGCUCUUCUAACAUGCAUAUGAACCCAGUCAGUACACCAUUGGUGGGUUUAUCAAAUAUUUCUUCUGCUCCCAAGAUGGACAUUACUAGUGGGCGAGGACUUAUUGGUGCUUUGUCCAAUGCAAAUUAUGGCUCCAAUCCUUCUUUAAAACCAUCUUCAGUUAAAAGUAGAGAUCCUAGGCUUCGGUUGAUCAGCCAAGAACAGAAAGUGGACUCUGCCGGUGGCAUGAUAAAUUCAAAAAAGCAGAAGGCCAUUGAAGAUCUUGCUUCGAGUGGGCCUGCACUGAAAAGACAUAAAAAUGAGCAGACUGAGAUGAAUAUUGUGCAGACUGUGUCUGGAACUGGUGGUUGGUUGGAGGACAGAGGCAUAGGAGGUUUAGGGGAAACGAACAGAAGCCACGAAUCAAAGAGAAGUGUAAAUGAUCCUCGGAGAAGACCUGAAUUUGCCGUGACUGGAGUCAGUUCUACCAGCAGCAUUCCGAAUAUAACAUCCAACUCAAAUGUGAAGUUGCCAGGGACAAGUUCAAUCCCCACAACAUCCCUCCAAUCUUUAUUGCAAGAUAUUGCAGUUAAUCCCUCUAUGUGGAUGAAUAUACUUAAAAUGGAACAGCAUAAGUCAGUUACUCCAUCACAAACUAUGACUCAGCCCAUUAUGUUGAAUUCACAUGCUGGCCCUGUUCCAUCAACAAGUGUGGUUGCUUCAAGGCCUCCUGCCCUUGGUGAAAAAGUAGCAGUAAUAAAUCCGACGACUCCACACAUCCCUUCGGUGGAAGAACUGGGAAAAGUUCGCAUGAAACCUCGUGAUCCUCGCCGGAUUCUACAUAGUAGCACAGCCCAAAGAGGAGGGAACAUGGAAUUGAAUCAAACUUUAAACAAAACCAAUACAUCCAACACUCCGGGGACUAUGGGCAUCACGAAUAUCCAAGGGCUGGAUGAUCCACUUGAUAACAAGAACAUGGCUUCCCAUUCCAUUGCUCUGCCAGAUAUCACUCGGCAGUUCACUAAAAAUUUGAAAAAUAUUGCUGAUAUGUUUUCUGUUUCUCAAACAACUUCACCUCAACCAGUAGUUCCGAAGAGUACUUCGCCCCCACCAGUUCUGGAGUCAGGUAAUGUUCAGAAUGUGCCUGGACAGGAUGGUCAAGUUACCUCAGGCUCUGCUCAACUACAGAAUGACUGGAAUGAUGUUGAACAUCUGUUUGAGGGUUUUGAUGACCAGCAGAAAGCAGCCAUCCACAAAGAGAGAGCUAGAAGAUUGGAAGAACAGCGAAAAAUGUUUGCCAAACGGAAACUCUGUCUUGUCUUGGAUCUGGAUCAUACUCUUCUCAAUUCAGCAAAGGCAUGGGGUUUUUACUUCUUAAAACAGUGUUUGAUAUGUAAACACCAUAUUAGCAACUUUUUAGAGUGGUAUCAUAAUCGCAGCCCUUUUGUUUUUCAGUUUGCCGAAGUUGAUGUGAUGCAUGAUGAGAUGCUGAGAAAAAAGGAGGAACUUGACCGUGAAAAAUCGCAUAGACAUCUAUUCCGGUUUCCUCAUAUGUCAAUGUGGACUAAACUGAGACCAGGGAUCUGGAACUUCUUAGAAAAGGCUAGUAAGCUGUAUGAGCUGCAUCUCUAUACUAUGGGAAAUAAGCUCUAUGCCACGGAAAUGGCAAAAUUACUUGAUCCAAAAGGGGAAUUGUUUGCUGGACGAGUCAUUUCAAGGGGAGAUGAUGGAGAUCUUCUUGAUGGUGAUGAAAGGGUCCCUAAAAUCAAGGACUUGGAGGGAGUGAUGGGUAUGGAAUCCUCCGUUGUGAUUAUAGAUGAUUCUGUUCGAGUUUGGCCACACAACAAACUAAACUUGAUUGUUGUUGAAAGGUAUAUUUAUUUUCCAUGUAGUCGGCGCCAAUUUGGUCUUCCUGGUCCAUCUCUUCUUGAGAUUGAUCAUGACGAGAGAGCGGAAGAUGGUACUCUAGCUGCUUCUUUGGCUGUCAUUGAAAGAAUACAUCAGAUGUUUUUUGAACAUCAGUCAUUAGAUGAAGCUGAUGUUAGAAACAUCUUAGCCUCAGAACAGAGGAAGAUAUUGGGUGGUUGUCGAAUUUUGUUUAGUCGGGUGUUUCCUGUUGGUGAAGUCAAUCCACAUUUACAUCCAUUGUGGCAAACGGCAGAACAGUUUGGUGCUAUUUGCACAACGUCUAUAGAUGAUAAAGUCACUCAUGUAGUCGCCAACUCACUUGGAACCGAUAAGGUGAAUUGGGCUCUUUCCACUGGGAGAUUUGUGGUACAUCCUGGCUGGUAAGAACUGUUCCUACUCCAUUAAAACACAUUUUACCUUCGAUGUUCGAGUAGUAAUCAUUUUUGAAUGUGAAACUGCCUUUUAUUUUUGAAUAAAAACUUGUUGAAAGAAAGAAAAAUGAAACCACGUUGCAGGGUUGAAGCAUCUGCGCUGCUAUACCGGAGAGCUAAUGAGCAGGAUUUCGCUAUUAAACCAUAAAACAUCAACAUCUGAUUGAAGCAUCAGCCCUUUUGAUUUUUUAAUACUGGGUUCUGGAGUUGAAAUUCUCAACUCGGAAUCGGCCCUCAAAGCUCACCUGAGCUGGUGGCUGACCUUACCGGGAUGAUGCCCUUUUACUUGGACCAAGCUGUUCUUUGACAGCCUAUAAUGCUUGGGAUUGCGGUGCUGACCUGGGAGAUUCCCUGAAGUUUAGUUUCUCAUCAAUGCCCCCCACCUUAACUAAAUAAUUUUGAAGUAAAAUUGGAAAAGCAAAGGUUGGGAGCAGUAUAAAAAUGGAGAAUGAUCCAUAAAAUCUCCAUGAAACUUUUGACCAAUCAAGCUAACCAAACUUGAGGAUCUUAACAAAAAGGUCUAAACUGAAAGAUUAUGCAAAACCCUAAUGAAGGGAAAUGUUUUCAAAUUGUGUAGUAGUGCAUGGGGAAGAGGAGGGGGAUAUGUGAAGCCUUCAAAAAGGAGGGUGAAAUGUAUUAAAUCUUGAAAGCAUUCAAAUUUGAUGCCAACUUAAUGUGGGGGGUUCUAAUGUGGAGAGAACUGAAAAGAUCCAUUUUUCACUUGUUAAUUUUGUCCUGUAGGGUUCAUUCUUGUUGUAGUGUGAUUGUAAUUUAUGAAGAAACCAAAAUAUGGUACUGGGGAAAAAAAAGAGGCAAAAUAAUCCACCAUUGCGGUCUAAUUUAGGGACAAGGAAUAUAUAAUUUUCUUCUUCUUCUUCUUGUCUGUAACUUUUACACGAGCUUGAAAGUGGUCAAAGUCUUUGGCCUUUCCUUCUCCGCGCCCGCUCACGCUUCGCUGACUUAUCGCGUGGUAAAAAGAACAAAGUACAAAAGAAUAGAUCGAAGGAGGUUCGAACUCCCCUUGCUUGCUUUGUCCCAGUGACUGAGAUAUAACUUCAAGUAGUAAAUUCAUGAAUAUCCUGAAUUUUAUGGAGAGAAAAAAGGACGGUAUUUCCAAGAGUAUUUUUAUCCAUGUACUGUUCCUUAUCGGCUACCGCACACACUGAACUAACAAGGCCAAAGUUAACAUCCAUGAACAUCCAGAAGGGAAGCAAAACUUCUAAACAUUACAAGGAAAUUUUUUUUAAUCACUACCACCUACAUGAUGGAUGAAUCAAUGAUCUUUAAUAUUUUAACAGACCAUUGUUUUUGCAACAAAGAUUGCGAGGCCUGUGUUAAUCUGAUUUUCAGGCUACCAUUAUGGUAAAAAGUAGUGCUGAAGAAACAUAACUGAUUCUUAUAACAGAUAUAUAACAGAUUGUUACAAUAAACGUGACUUUUAUUUGAGGAAAACAAAAACUGUACUACAUGUAUUGUUUCUUAUAAUAUCAUUAUCAUAGUUGAGUAAAUGUGACUUUUUCACAUAUUUGAAUGAACGUGACUUUUAUUUGACAAAAACAGAAGACUUCACUAGUCACUUCAUGCCUUGUUUUUUAAGAUAUCAUAUUUGAGUAAAUGUGACUUUUUCUAGAAGAAAUGACUACAACGCAUGGUUAAAUGUUUCCCAAUAAAACCAAGAGUUUGCCUUUAAACUUGUGGGGGGAAGAAAGCUUUUUCAAGAG